CUCUAUCUGAACUAGUUCGUCGUAACGGUGGCUUUUGUCAAAAUAUUUGGGGCUGUUUUGGAAUUUCUGAGGAAAUAAAAUUUGAGAAUGUGUCCGCACGCUGUCCGGGAAUGGCUGGUCCUUCUAACCAUGGAGAUGUACGUGGACAGGUUUAUGAAUAAGGGCUACAACACCAUUGCCCACUGCAAGCGAAUUGUUCCGCGUGAUCUCAAGAAAUUGGGGAUUUACCAUCGAUGCCAUCGUAAAUUGCUGCUAGAUGGUGUCCAGCUAAUGAACAACGCGCCAGAGGAACGCUUUAAGUGCUCUGAGCCCUGCGAGCACCAUCAUCACAGUCCGAUUCAGCGCGGGUCGGACAGUUCAACAGACUCUUCUGAUAGUGGCAGUGAGGCUGAAGAGUGCCGAUCAUUGCCAGUAUUUGGACCAUCUAACAACGUCAAUCCCAAGGAAUCGGAAAACGUCUUCGAUUUCUCUGCUGAAGUCUCUGAUGUGAUACCACCCAUCAAUUUGAGCUUCUCCUACACAUGCGCUGCUUGUCCAGACUUGGUCUUCAGGAGUGUAACAGAUGUGGCCGAGCACAUAGCCGAUGCCGACGAUGAAAACACACACAAGAUUGCUCCACUGCCGAUCGGGGGCGUUGAGAAGCUGCCCAGCAGCCUCAAGCUGGAAAACCCCAUGCAGUAAAUCGAUAUCAAUAAAAAUAGUUGUAUAAAUAUUUGUGAUUAUUAGCUAAGAGAAU